AUGGCUCGAAGAUAUCGCGAUGCCGCUGCUAAAUUGCAGCAAAGUGUUCAAAAGCAUCUACAAGGAAUGAAAGAGUUGUCUUCUUCUGAAGAUGAUGAACCCUUCGAACCAACUGUACUGGAUGGAGUAUUUCAAAGCUACUGUAAAGGCGGCGGUGAUACUCAGUUACUCAACAGAACUAAGAACCUUCUAGAAGAAGCUAUUAGCGGUCGAUCAAUCACUUGCUUGAUUUGUAUUAGUUCAAUUAAACGAGCCGAUGCUAUCUGGACGUGUGAACAUUGUUACUCUUACUUCCAUUUAUCCUGCAUACAGAAAUGGGCUAAUGAUAGCAUCAGUUUACGCAGCGAAGAAAAUCAAGGACCUGUUACAGUUUUGUUACCCAAGAAAGUGGAGUGGUGCUGUCCAAAAUGCAGAUACUCUUAUAAUAAACAACAAAUACCUCACAAGUAUCGUUGUUAUUGUGGUAAAACUGAUGACCCUCCAUUACACCCCUGGUUAAUACCUCAUACAUGUGGCGAGGUGUGUGGAAAAUUCUUAUCAACUGGAAAUAACUGUAAACAUAAAUGUCUUCUGCUUUGCCAUCCCGGCCCUUGCCCACCAUGUCCACAAACCGUGAAUGGUGCAUGUUACUGUGGGAAAGAAGUGAAACGAGUUAGAUGCAGUGCAGGCAAAUGGUCCUGCAGGCAACUAUGUAAGAAGAUAUUACCUUGUAAUACUCAUAAAUGUGAAAUAGAAUGCCAUGAUGGCGAGUGCCCGCAAUGCAAUUAUACAAGCUUGCAAAGUUGUCAAUGCGGUGCUGAGAAGGCAAAGCGCCCAUGUGACGACUUAGUAUGGCAUUGUGAGAAACAGUGUAACAAACCAUUUGCUUGCGGAUUCCAUGUGUGUGAGAAAGUUUGCCAUUCAAGUGAUUGCGGAGAUUGUCCGAAUUCUGGAGUAAAAUCCUGCCCCUGUGGUGCUAACCAAAGAUUUAUACAAUGUCCUGAUACCAUUGAAACAUGUGUCAGUACAUGUAAUAAGAAGCACGAAAAUUGUGAGCACAACUGUCCAAAUAAAUGCCACAAAGGUCCAUGCCCACCUUGCCAAGUUGUAAUUGAGAAGAAAUGCCAGUGUUCAACCCAUACAAGGUCUUUACCUUGUUACAAAGAAUUUAAAUGUGAAACUAAAUGUAGAGGCAUUAGGCCAUGUGGUAAACAUGGUUGCGGCAGGAAAUGCUGCAACAUGAACUGUCCACCAUGUGAAAAGAUAUGUGACAAACCUUUGCAGUGCGGUCGUCAUAAAUGUACAACAGUUUGUCACCAUGGCCCUUGCUAUCCUUGUCCACUUGAAUCAAAAGUGUACUGUCGUUGUAAAGAAACAUACAUUACUGUACCAUGUGGUAGAGAAAGGUAUACAAAACCACCAAAAUGUAGUCUACCAUGUAAAAUUAAAUAUAAAUGUGGGCAUGCCGAUGAAAACAAACAUAAAUGCCACUUUGGAGACUGUCCGCCGUGUAAGGCAAUUUGUAAUAAACAGUACGAGAAAUGUGACCACAAGUGUGUUGCUACUUGUCAUGCGAAUGUUUCAGUUGUGUUUAAGCAAGUUGAAAAACCAGCAACUCCUUGGGAGGUACAGCCUCCGAAGACGAAAAUAGUAGCUCUGAAAUGUCCUCCCUGUGAGACUCCGGUAAUGGUAACAUGCUUUGGAGAGCAUGAAACUGAUAGCCAACCGUGUCAUACUGCUUCAAGAAAGCCGUGUGGAAGACAGUGUGGUCGACCAUUAGCAUGUGGAAACCACAAAUGUGAAUUAUCCUGUCAUUUAUAUGAGUCCGAUGAAGAUUAUCCUAAUGUACCGUAUACAUGCAAACCAUGUAAUCGAGAGUGUUUAAUAAUCCGUCCACCUAAAUGUACGCACAAGUGUGCAAAACAGGGCUGUCAUCCAGGACCUUGCCCGCCAUGUAAUAUUCUAGAAAGAAUAUCUUGUCAUUGUGGUGUAACUGAUAUAUAUGUGAGAUGUCGUGAAUUACAGAGCGCUACAGAGGAAAUGCUAAGUUGCAAACAGCAAUGCCCUAAAAGCCUCGAAUGUGGCCAUAGAUGUAAAAACCUGUGCCAUUCAGGUAUCUGUGGCCAGAAUCAAGUAUGCAACAAGAAGACUAAAAUACACUGUCCUUGCGGCAAUUUAAAGAAAGAAGCAGCUUGCAAAGCCGUUAGGAAUUCAGAGGUUCAAGUCGUUUGUGAUGAAAGUUGUGAAGCUAAAAAAAUUGCGGCCCAAUUAGAAAAAGAGAAAGAGGCGAAAAGACUCAAAGAAUUAGAAGAAGAACGGAAUCGUAGAGAGUUAGAAGAAUACACUUGGAAAUUAAGCGGCAAAAAGAAGAAAUAUAAGGAGAAAAAGAUUGUUGUUGUUACCGAUAACAGAAACUGGUUUCAGAAAUAUUGGUUUCCUAUUUUGUGUGUUCUGAUUGGUGUGUUGUCUGCUAUUUAUUAUAUAUUCAAUGUUUGA